AUGACCAUUUUGCACCAAUGGGACCACAACGAGCAUAGAAACGUCCUAUUUACCUGCUCUCGGUCAGAAGAGAAGCUACUGGCCUUCUUGAACGACGACUAUAACUUCGAGGGUUGUCUACGUCUCUUGAGCUUGACAGACCAAGUGAAAGUCAGAAACGUCAAACACAACAAGAAACAUGCGCUACUAUCCCGACUAUUCAUGAAGAUUGUUUUGAAUUCUGUACUUGCCAAGUUAUCGGACGGCCUGAAACCUGGCAUUUGGGACGAUAUCGACUUCGAGUUCAGUGAACAUGGAAAGCCACAACUCCCAGGGCUGCCCUUUGCCUUCAACAAUAGCAAUUCCAAUGACCUAGCAUGUAUUGCCAUUCUGCUUGAUUCAGAGGCAGUGGGUAUUGAUCUAUCACACGAAGAGCAGGACUCUAUAUCGUCUACUGGCUUUAUGGAUGAGUUUGCAGGCAUCUUCAGUGAUUCUGAAGCAACACAACUUCAAGCCAUUGAGGACCGUGAUAAGGCGUAUGUUGCCUUUAACCAUUUGUGGACGCUAAAGGAGGCGUUCACGAAGUACUUGGGCACGGGCUUGAACAUCGACCUUUCAAGCUUCUCGUUUGGGUUGGCCAGUCUACCUACAGAGCGACAUCUUCCAAAAGAAAUAGCAAACCCCUUCACCCUAUAUCCCAUUAACUGGGUGGAAAGCAGUAUAGAUUAUUCCAAAGUUGACCAUGACCUUCUAAAGCUGAAGCUGCAGCUACACUGCUACUCAGCGACACUCAAGCUGUCUGGAAAGCUUCCAGUAAUUGCAUCGAUCAUCUCUGACCGUCCUGGCAACGCCAUUGGCAUUCAUAUUGAUUUCUACGAAAUUUUAAAAAAAGAAGUUGCAUAG